AUGGAACUCUUUUCCCUCCCUUCUCUUUCUCCUCUCCCUCUCUAUUACCCAAAGCCCAGGAUUUCUUCUACGUCGCCUUUCUUGCUGUUUUAUGAUCCAAAAAAGGCUUAUUUUGGCUACUCUCUGUGUAAACGGGCAACUUGGAGAAAUUCAUUUAACUCUGCUCAAAAUAACUUUUUGCAUAUUUCGAGGGUGCUUGAUGGUGAAUCCCGGUGUCAUUUUAGUCCAAUUGAGGGUUUAAAUAGAUCAUUUUACAAUCGUAAAUUACAUAACCAGAACAAACUGUCCAGAUAUAUAGUUGCGAGAUCUGAACUUGCUGGGACUGGGAUCCCUGAUGCUGCUAAUCCUUUAUCAGAAAUUAAUCUGAGUUCAAAGGUCAGAGGGGUAUGCUUCUAUGCUGUCACAGCUAUUGCAGCCAUUUUACUGAUUGGGUUUAUGGUGGUGGCACACCCCUUUGUGCUUUUGUUUGAUCGCUACAGAAGGCAAGCUCAGCAUUUUAUUGCCAAACUUUGGGCUACAACAACUGUUGCUCCAUUCUUUAAAAUUGAGUUUGAAGGAUUGGAGAACUUGCCUUCACAGGAUGCUCCUGCUGUAUAUGUUGCCAACCACCAGAGUUUUUUAGACAUCUAUACACUUCUAACUCUUGGAAGAAGCUUCAAGUUCAUCAGCAAGACUGGGAUAUUUCUUUUUCCCGUUAUUGGGUGGGCCAUGUCUAUGAUGGGUUUAAUUCCAUUAAAGCGCACGGAUAGCAGAAGCCAGUUGGAGUGUCUUAAGAGGUGUAUGGAUCUCAUCAGGAAUGGUGGCUCUGUCCUUUUCUUUCCAGAAGGCACACGUAGUAAGGAUGGGAAGUUAAGUGAUUUCAAGAAAGGUGCAUUCAGUGUUGCAGCAAAAACUGGAGUGCCUGUCAUUCCUAUGACCUUAAUUGGAACAGGCAAAAUCAUGCCUGCAGGAAUGGAGGGUGUCAUAAAUUCAGGAUCUGUGAAAGUUGUUAUUCAUAAGCCCAUUGAAGGAAGUGAUCCAGAAAUAUUACGCCAAGUAGCUAGAAACACGAUUUUAGAUAUGCUGAAGCACCAAGGCUGAGAAAGUGGCUGCUAUUACCUCUGUUUGACUUCAUGGCUCAAACAUAAUCCUUUAUUGCUGAUUUAAGGACCAUGAAUGGAAGGUACAAAGAGUGGUCCUUGCCUUUAACAAAACUGUGCUUGUGCUUUUCUACUUUGCUUGCCAAAGAAUAUAUGAUCGUGCAGUCUUUUUCUCCCAUCUUUCUGAUUUUAGAAUUCUACAUAAGUUUCUCUUCGGAAAAUGUCACAUCUCGUUGCUGUUGAAUUUGGAUCAAGGUUGCACGGUCAGAAGUUAGUGAAGAGAUUGAUAAAAUAUUUUUGACAUCAUCAGGAUGUUUUUUUUCUUCAAGUAUGAUUUGUUCGCUGCUGAACAAAACUUGCCAAUGCUGAACCCUUUUUUCUGCAGGUAUAUGAUUCUGAAGUAGCACCAUUUAUUUAUACGUGAUCAGCUACUGGCUUUAGUCGGUUUCAUUUUGUAUCUAACAACUUGGACGUCGUACCUGGGACCUUGGAGGGAUCUCGGGUUUCAUAUCUUCUGAUGGAUGAUUUUAUACUAUCAUGACGUAACAAUUAACAAGUUGGCCAGGCGACUGCCUUAGGUUGGCAUAAAAAUUUUCUUUUCAUAUCAUGUCUUGCAUAUGUGGCCAUUCUGGAAUAGGAGUCCACAAUUUCACUGUCCCUGGAUAGAACUUGGUUGUGUAGAAAUUUUCCCAGACAAUACUUGCAAUUGUAGGAUAUAAAUAAAAAGAUAAAUACUCUCUGAUCCUGAGGAGGUCAUUCUCAUGUCACUUUGUUUCUUUGUUUAUAAAUGCAAUGGCGGCUGCUAGAAGAUAAUGUGCUUUACAAACUCUGAACCUGAAAAUUAAGCCGAAGCUGUGUCAAGGAGGCCGAGGUGGGGGUCGAGCAACAGGCUUUGCCAACUCUAACUUAGUUGGCUUAAUAAUUUAAUCCCUUUGACCACGUUGAUCUCUACUCCAGAUUUUGGUUCAUCUACUCCUUUGUUUAUAUCACCAGACACAUGACAUGAUGACAGUAACUAUCUAUCAAUGUCACAAUCUCAAAAAUCCAUGGAACUCAAGCAUAUGGUUUGUGGCACGGAAAUUUUUUAUUAAACACGCACAGCAAAAUA